AUGAAUCAAUUGCGUCCUGACAGUUUGUUUACAGGUUCGGGUGAGAGUGGGAAAUCAACCAUUGUAAAGCAGAUGAAAAUCAUUCAUCAGAAUGGCUAUUCUGUGGAGGAACUUACCAUGUGCCGCGCAACGGUCUACAAAAACCUCUUGGAUUGCGCAAAGGACUUAAUAAACGCACUACACAAUUUCGAAUUACAACCGUCUAGCCAGAAAGUCCAAGAAUACAUGGAGUACCUAAGCUCAUACCAGAUCGAUCCCGACCCAAGCACCCCAAUAGACCUGAAAGUUGGUGAUGCUGUGACAUACCUGUGGAACGAUCCUGUCAUUCCAGUUGUACUGGAACACCAGAACGAGUUCUAUCUCAUGGAUUCUGCGCCUUACUUUUUCGACGAAGCGAAACGUAUUACCGCACAGGACUACAUACCAAAUGAGGCCGAUGUUCUUCGCGCCGGAACCAAGACCACCGGUAUAUACGAAACCAGGUUCACAAUGGGCCAGUUGAGUAUUCAGUGCGUUCAAUCUACCCCCUUUAAGCUUGUGGCUCAUGGCAUGUUUGAUGUGGGCGGCCAACGGAGCGAACGAAAAAAGUGGAUUCACUGCUUUGAAAACGUAACGUCGAUAAUAUUCUGCGUCGCAUUGAGCGAAUAUGAUCAAGUGUUAUUGGAAGAAAGUAAUCAAAACCGUAUGAUGGAAAGUUUGGUGUUGUUUGACUCCGUGGUCAAUUCCAGGUGGUUUAUGCGAACGAGUAUCAUCCUCUUCUUGAAUAAAGUCGAUCUCUUCCGGCUGAAACUCGGCCGGUCACCGCUUAACAAAUAUUUCCCUGAUUACUCUGGUGGGAAUGAUGUCAAUCGUGCAGCGAAAUACCUCCUAUGGAGAUUCAACCAAGUAAAUCGGGCGCACCUGAAUCUCUACCCUCACCUAACACAAGCUACCGAUACCUCAAACAUCCGACUUGUCUUCGCAGCCGUCAAAGAAACCAUUUUACAAAAUGCUCUAAAAGAUUCGGGAAUACUUUGA